AUGUUGGCCGUACGUGGUGCACUGUUUUCCACCGUUAAGCGGCAGUGUAUUUAUAAACAAUUUUCUUCUACCGCUCGGCACAGGAACUGCAGCGCCGUGCUGGGAUGUCGAAGCAAACAUACCCUGCCAGAUUUGCCGUACGAUUUCGGAGCGCUCGAACCGGUCAUUUGCCGGGAAAUCAUGGAGCUGCACCACCAGAAGCACCACAAUGCGUACGUCACGAAUCUGAACGCUGCCGAGGAGCAGCUGCAGGAUGCGGUGGCCAAGAAAGAUGCGUCCAAGAUCAUUCAGCUUGGCAGUGCGAUCAAAUUUAACGGUGGUGGCCAUAUUAAUCAUUCGAUUUUCUGGAAAAAUCUGUCCCCGGAUCGUAGCGAUCCUUCGGCGGAGCUGCAGAAAGCGCUGACCCGCGACUUUCAGAACAUGGAAAACUUUAAGAAGGAAAUGAAAGCCGCGGCCGUUGCUGUGCAGGGAUCCGGUUGGGCCUGGUUGGGCUACAAUAAGAAGACGAAGCUGCUUCAGAUUGCAGCCUGCCCGAACCAGGAUCCUUUGGAAGCUACCACCGGACUUGUCCCGCUGCUUGGUAUCGAUGUGUGGGAGCACGCUUACUACCUACAGUACAAAAAUCUUCGACCCAACUAUGUCGAUGCCAUAUUCGACGUUGUCAAUUGGAAGGAUGUAUCCGAACGGUUGGCAAAGGCCCAGUAA